AUGAACCCAUUACGCUACUUGGCGCCUCCGCGCCCAUUCACGGAGAUUUCCACCGCCACAACCAAGGAAAUCAAGGAAAGGAUCAGCUAUGUGGACUCCAUGAAAGCGAACCCUCACUUCAACAUCUCCGAAGAAAGAGAAGACGCUCUAUUGGACUACCUGGAAGCCUGCCACACUUUGACCGACGGCUCUCCCAGCAAACAAGAGCGCGAGGCUGCCCAAGCAUUCAUCAGGGGUUAUGAGAAAUCACUCGAGAACAACGAGCCAGCCCGGCUGUCGUUUGAUCUCGCGACCAAAACCAAACUAGGCGAAGAGCUCGACAACCUGUGGAAUAUGUGGACGUUCAAUAGAUAUGAAAAGUACCUCCCUGAGGACAUCAUCAAGGACGCUCAGCAGCAUCCUUCGUCUCAAGUGCCUGAUCCCUGGCACAGGGAAUUCUGGAGACCUUUCAACGGACGUCUUGAAGCGGAGAAAGCCGCCUUUGACCAGGUCAUGGUAGGGCAAAAUCACCACAACGAGUGCCCGACUUUCCUUUUGCUGGCGCUCCUGUGUGAACGCCACACGCUUGAUUGGGAUGAGACCCUUGAGUUGAUCAAGGCUUGCGCAAGCGAUAGUGACAAGCUCGAGCUCCCCGCGGUGGAUCUUGUUGAGUUCCUCAAGAAGCGCGAUGUGACCGGUCUAGCGACGAGGUUGGACCGUGAUGAGGCGAGUAUCUCGCUUUCCACGGAGUAUGUUAUGGGGGUUGGCUCAUUGGUCCUGGCUUUCUUCGCCUCUCAUCUUCCGGAAUUUUUGUUUGAUAGAGAUGAAGUUGACCCCGCGGAUUGGACGCCGAAGGAGCCCUUGAAGGUCCUGGUCGAUCUCGACGAGGCGCAUGAGCAGGCUUUCCGGUUCAUGAUGCAGGAGAUGUUUAAUAAGAUGGCCGACGGCGACUCUGAUGAGGAUGGUGAAGAUGUUUAUGAUGAUUGGGACAAUGAUGAUGAUGACGACGACGACGACGACAUUGUCAUGAGUGAUGAGUCUGAAGACUAUUAG